CCAUCGAUCAUGCUGAUGUGUGCGUUUGUGGUUGCGCAGCUGGUGGCAACAUUUAUUGCGGUAUAUGCGGAUUGGGGAUUUACGUCUAUUGAGGGCUGUGGAUGGGGCUGGGCUGGUAUUGCAUGGAUCUGGAACUUUGUGUGGUUUGUGCCUCUUGAUCUUGUCAAGUUUACUAUGCGUUACUUUUAUGAGCGCAACAGGGUUCACGAUGUGGUUCCUACUUCACGCCGCCCAUCGGCAGUGUCGGGAACAUCAUCGGCUCGGUACUACGCCAACCGCACCCGUUCGCUACAGUCUAUGGAAGGUUCGCACAACAAUUUCGGUAAGAGACUGUUGCACAAGGGCAAGCGAAUGGGAAUGGAUCCCAAAGAGAUGCGCCGAUUCUCGUCUGUCCAGACUAGCCAUGCUGCUCAUGUUCUGAGUGCUGGGUCUGCUGGUGGUGCUGCUACUGGAGUUGGUGGCACUGGAACUGGUGUUGCCGGAGGUCCAUCGGUAGUACCCGGAGCUGCUCCAGCUUAACUUAAUACUCUUGUUUCUUAUUAUUGUUUUUUUAAUAUAUAAAAUAAUAAGCAAGUAGAUAUAAUAUAGUAAUGUAAUGUAAUAUACAAUAAAACUUUUAUAUGUAUAUAUAUUUUAUAUAUAUAAAAAAUACAUAAGGAUACACAUGUGUGGAUAU